AUGGGCAUAGCAAGAUUCAUAAGAACACUCAUGUUCUUGCUUUUCUUAUCAUCAAACACUUUUAAAAGCUCUGUUCUUGCUAAGACCACGACAACAAAAUUCACUUUCCGAGGUUUCAAAGGAAACCAAACCGAAAUCCAAACGGGAGGAGAAUCAGUGAUCGAACACAACGAUGAUCUACUGAGACUAACCAAUCGGGACCACAACGUCACUGGAACAGCUUUUUACCGCAAACCGAUUAGAUUUCGUGACAACAACAACAACAAAGUAUGUUCCUUUAGCACUUCUUUCGUCUUCGUUAUAAUCCCUUCAAGUCCUGGAAACGGCGGUUUUGGCUUCACAUUCACACUUUCUCCGACCCCGAAUCGUCCCGGAGCAGAAUCCGCACAGUAUUUGGGGCUUUUGAACAGAUCCAACAACGGAGAUCCGUCGAAUCACGUGUUCGCCGUGGAAUUCGACACGGUACAAGGAUUUAAAGACGGAGACGACAGAAGAGGAAACCACAUCGGUCUGAAUUUCAACAAUCUCUCUUCCGAUGUACAAGAGCCACUCAUUUAUUUCGAUACGGAGGAUCGUAAAGAAGAUUUCCAGCUCGAGAGCGGCAAACCAAUCCGAGCUCUUUUCGAUUACGACGGUCCAAGCGAAACCUUAAACAUAACCAUAUAUCCGACGCGGUUAAGGUAUAAACCAAAGAAGCCUCUGCUUUCACAACGAGUUCCCAAGUUGUCGGAGAUCGUUGAGGAUCAAAUGUAUGUCGGAUUCACUGCCGCGACUGGUAAAGGUCAGUCAAGUGCUCAUUAUGUAAUGGGUUGGAGUUUUGCUGUCUGUGGAGAAAACCCAAUUGCGGAUUUGCUCGAUCUCUCGGAGCUUCCCCGUCCUCCGAAGAAUACAAGCUUGAGUAACAAGAAAGGUUACGAUUCUCAAGUCAUCGCUUUGAUUGUGUCUUUAUCGAUCGUUACAUUGUUCUUGCUUGUGCUGCUUUUUAUAUUCGUGAUUUACAAGAGGCAAGUUCAAGAAGGAGAGGUUUUAGAGGAUUGGGAACUCGAUUAUCCACGUAGAUUCAGUUACAGAGAUCUCUACUUAGCAACAGAGAAAUUCAAAGCGAGUGAGAUCAUUGGUUUUGGAGGAUUUGGAAUCGUUUACAGAGGAAAUUUGCCUUCUUCAGGUCCAAUCGCAGUGAAGAAGAUAACUCCACAUAGCUUACAAGGUGUUCGAGAAUUUGUCGCAGAGAUCGAGAGUUUAGGAAGAUUAGGUCAUAAGAACCUCGUGAACCUUCAAGGAUGGUGCAAACACAAGAACGACCUCUUGUUGAUUUACGAUUAUAUCCCAAAUGGAAGCCUUGACUCGCUAUUGUACGAAACACCGAGAAGAAACGGCGCCGUUUUGCCGUGGGACGUGCGUUUUGAGAUCAUCAAGGGAAUCGCGUCGGGACUUUUGUAUCUCCAUGAAGAAUGGGAACAGAUUGUGAUUCAUAGAGACGUGAAAGCGAGCAAUGUUCUUGUGGAUGCGGAUAUGAGUGCGAAAUUAGGCGAUUUCGGACUCGCGAGGCUUUAUGAACGUGGAACGCUAACGCAGACCACGAAAGUCGUUGGGACGUUAGGAUACAUGGCACCUGAGCUAACACGCAACGGUAAAGGCUCGACCGCGUCUGACGUUUUCGCGUUUGGCGUUUUGUUGUUAGAAAUCGUGUCUGGUAAAAGACCAACCGAUACAGAGAACUUCUUCUUAGCUGAUUGGGUUAUGGACUUUCACACAAAUGGUGGAAUCCUUCGAGCUGUUGAUCCGAAACUCGGUUCUAGUUUCAAUGGCAGAGAGGCUAAAUUAGCUCUCGCUGUGGGGUUACUCUGUUGCCAUCAGAAGCCAAUGGCUCGACCAACGAUGAGAAUCGUGCUUCGAUAUUUGAACGGGGACGAGGAUGUUCCACAGAUUAAUGGAAAUUUAGGAUUCUCUGAUUCUUUGAGAGAUGAUAGUAGAUCGAAUGUUGUAGGUUAUGUUUCAUCGGACAUAGCCUCGAGCUCGAACACAUUUUCGACAUUUUCGGAGGUUUCUUCGGGCUCUCUCGUGGAUGGUAGAUAG